GUACUAAGUGAGUAGCUGGGAGGCAACGUAUAAAACGCCGCAGCGGGAUGGACAUCACUCACCCGACAGCGGACUUGACUCAGCACGGACAUCGUCUGACACAAUGGCGACUUUCAAGGCGGCCACUGUUGUCCUUCUACUGCUUGGAGCCGUCAGCCCGCCUUCUGGUCGGGCACAGGGAACUCUGCCUACGCCAGACCCGACUGGACCACUUCCAGCAUCGGGCAGAGGUCCUGGCGACCACAUUCACACCACCUACACUCCCACCACCUACUCUGACACCACCUACACUCCCACUCCCACCACCUACUCUGACACCACCUACACUCCCACUCCCACCACCUACUCUGACACCACCUACACUCCCACUCCCACCACCUACUCUGACACCACCUACACUCCCACCACCUACUCUGACACCACCUACACUCCCACCACCUACUCUGACACCACCUACACUCCCACUCCCACCACCUACUCGGACACCACCUACACUCCCACUCCCACCACCUACUCUGACACCACCUACACUCCCACUCCCACCACCCACUCUGACACCACCUACACUCCCAGUCACGCCACCCACUCUGACACCACCUACACUCCCACUCCCGCCACCCACUCUGACACCACCUACACUCCCAGUCACGCCACCCACUCUGACACCACCUACACUCCCAGUCACGCCACCCACUCUGACACCACCUACACUCCCACUCACGCCACCCACUCUGACACCACCUACACCACCUACACUCCCACUCACGCCACCCACUCUGACACCACCUACACCACCGACACUCCCACCACCUACCCUGACACCACCUAGACCCACGACUACUUUGAUCACUACGACCACUAGGUUUGUUUGGAUAAAGGCAAAACACUUAUUGUUAAGCUUCACUUUGGAAGAGUCGAGGCGCGGACGUGAUUAUUCAGUUUCUGGUACGAGAUCCCCUCGAUAAUCACGAUCAGCCCCGAUCUGCUGAAUUUCCGCUUAUUUGUUGGACUGCACCUGAAAUCUUGUCAGUGCUGAAUUACUCUCUGUUGUGCUGCUGGAGUCAGGGGAGCAAAAAACAUGUUAAGUUUGGGUGUGUUGAUUGUGCUGCCUGUGUUGCUGUGGAUUAAAUGUAAGAUGGACUGCAGAA